GGCGCAAAUACCAUCUUGAAUGUUUGAAGACGAAGGUCUCCCGAAGAAAAGUAAAUACACUGUGCCAGACAAGCCUGGGAGGCCACGGAAAUUGGCCCUUGGCUUCCGUAAACUUAGACGUAGGGCUGAGCUGACCGAACUGGUCAGAAAGACGCGCCUGACAAUAGAAACCUCCAAAGGAUAUGCAUCUAUGACCGAACAGAUGACCUGGAUGAGCGUUUCACUGGCGUCCAGCUGCGGUCGGGUGUGCAUGCCUUGGUGAUGGGCGGGGCAUCGAGCUCAGGGGUCAGCAGGGCAUGAGGGUGUGUGCUGCAUGGACGGCCCUCUCGCGUUCGGCAAUUCAGACCUCGAAGUUGGUUUUGCUUUGCAGUAUGCCUCCCAGGGCAGGAAGGCUGCCGUCGCAGCCUCUGUCGUCACCACUCUCCUUGCUGCCCUGAGCCUCAGCCGCUGCAUCAGCUUGGCGGUGGCAGAUGGCCUCACACCUCGGCUCGCGCUGCUGAUCGCCAUAUCUUCGGUGCUGCUGUGCAGCCAUGCCUGGACCCUCGCCGCCGUGGUGCAGCCGUCACAGGUGUGGAGGCACGAGAGCGUGAAGUCAGCCAACUCCCUGGUGGGCGCCACUGCGUGCAUGAUGGGCAGCAUACUCUCUCAUCACCACGAGCUGGGCCUCAAGGCCCCCGUUGGCAUCACCUGCAUCCGGGGGUUCCUCGUGCUCGGGGAGACCUAUCGGCUGACCAUUGCCCUGCGCUUACAUGCCAUCCAAAUGGUGUGUUUUGUCAUCCAGGAGCUGGAUCUUGUGCUGCAGUCCUCGAAGCGGACGCUGCCAGACUUCUUCAAAGACCUGGCGGUGGCUCUGGUGCUUGGCAAGGCCCUGCCCAUCCUGGUUGCGGCUGUGAUUGAGGCCCGCUCACGCUCUGAAUUCCUGAGGGCCAGGCGGCUGCCAUCAAGACAUCUGCCGCCAAUGUGGAAGCGUAUGGUCAAGGCUCUGCCAAGCAGGCUCAAAGGCAAUUAGGAGGCGCGCACGUUGUUUACUGGACGUCUAUGGAAUUCGUAGAUCUCUAGAAGGUGCAAGGGGUGGACCUUUCAAAAAGGGUUUGGGGAAAGGGAAAAUGCAGGCUGAGUAAGCGAGUGAGCAUGUACAGCCAAAGCAGCUUCAUAAAUUGGCAGCAGCAGCGGGGAAUCUGCAGUGCAGCUUGCCUCUGGGCGCACCAGUGACAGUGUAGCCACGGUCAUGUUGGUGGGCGGUGGAGGUGAAGUGUACUUGUCAGUAGUGGAAGGAGGCCUACUGUCUCCUUAGGCCGUGUAGGAAGGAGGGCAAGUGCCAGCCCUUCUGUAACUCUGCGCAGUUUGGGGGCCCUGCUACCAAUCAAACACCAAAGAAAAAAAGGAAGGCGGCUGAUGGCAUGCGAUGGAGAGGGGUGUAGCGGAGCCAAACAGUCCCUUGUGAUCAAGAGGUGUAGGGCGGAGCUGAAUGUAGUGCCUUCCACAAGCAACAGCCAAUGGCCGUCCGAUACAGACUUGGGAAUGUUGUGAAAUGCCUGCCCGCUACAAAGCUCACAAACAAAAGACCAAUCACGCAUGAGAUGUGCGGUGCAUUUUAUCAUCUGUGGUAAUAUAACCCCUAAGUCAGGCG